GCUUUAUGUGGGGAAGACUUGUGCAGGACCUUCAGAGCGCGCGUGCACGUGAGCGUGUGAGAAACUUUCGCUGUUGUUUGUGUUUGUGUGUGUGAGUGUGUGUGACUCUCCGGAUGAUUCCUCUUCAUAAAAAGUUUUUCCUCAUGGAUCCGAUCGCCAGAGUCGUGUGAGCGUGUGUUUGCUGUCAGGCUGAAGUCGCUUCGGGUCGUUUUGAUGGCCGCCGUUAUCUUCGCUCUACUCUGUUUUAUCCUUUCGGUCGUCCCGCGAGCCACCGUGGCCCCGCCCACCGACGGCACGCUCCGCCUGCCCGACGUCAUCAUCAUCGGCGUGAGGAAGGGCGGCACGCGCGCUCUCAUCGAGAUGCUGAAGCUUCACCGUGACGUGGUCGCCGCUCAGAACGAGGUUCACUUCUUCGACUGGGACAGUCACUACCUGCGCGGCACGGAUUGGUACAUCUCUCAGAUGCCGUACGCCCGGCCGGGUCAGCUGACUGUGGAGAAGACCCCGGCGUACUUUACCUCCGGCCGGGUCCCCGAGCGCAUCCUGCGAACGCAGCCCGACGCGCGGCUCCUGCUGAUCGUCCGGGAGCCGACGGAGCGCUUGCUGUCGGAUUACACGCAGGUCUUCCACAACCGGCUGGAGAAGCGCAAGCGCCAGCAAACCCUGGAGACGCUGCUGAUGCGUAACGGAGAGCUCAACCUCGACUACAAGGCCUUGAACCGAAGCCUGUACCACGUGCACCUGCGGCGCUGGCUCGACGUGUUUCCCAGGAGCCGCUUGCAUCUGGUGGACGGCGACGCGCUCAUCCGAGACCCUCUGCCGGAGAUGAAGAAGGUGGAGGAGUUUCUCCAGCUGGAGCCGCAGAUAAACGCCUCCAACUUCUACUUCAACCAAACCAAAGGUUUCUACUGUCUGCGCGACCGCCGGCACGAGCGAUGCCUGCACCGUUCCAAAGGUCGCAAACAUCCUCGCGUGGCGCCGGAAAUCCUGCAGAAACUCUACGACUACUUCCGCGAGCCCAACCAGAAGUUCUUCCAGCUGGCCGGAAGGACAUUUGACUGGAAGUGAGAAGAAGAGUUUAAUAAGCUGAAGUAACCUGAAUGCACAAUAUAGUCAACAGAUCGCAGUCCUGAAAUAACUGGAACAUCAGUGACGCCGGGUCAACGUGUUCGGCUUCACGCUCCACAUUCAAAAUGUGAUGAAGCCCGAGACCUUCAAAGUAGAACCAGUUCAUUUUCAGGAAAGUUUAUGAAGACAAGCUUUUUUGAAUCGUUUACUGCAAAAAUGAUGUUCUUCCUCAGUGUUUUAGAGCAUAAAAAUAUCUAAACAUACAUUUACUGGAGAAGAGAAACGACUGAAGAUAUGAAGUGUAAUGAAAAAAAGAAACCAAUAUCAGAAAAAUUAUCUUGUUUUCUUUGAAUUAAGUUUAUUUUUCUGACAGAUAUUUGAUCUUGUUUUAAGCACAAACUCACUUCGUUCAGUGAACAAACUUCAUAUCUUCAGUCAUUUUGCUUCUCCAGUAAAUGAAUCUUGAUUUAAGAAUGUUUAGAUGCUGGAAAAGUAUUUCAGAGCUGUUAAUAAAUAAAUAUAUUCAGAUAUAUGGACAAAUGCAUGUGAAAUAAAUCUAUUUUAUACUUUGAUGCAAUAAUGAACAGUAUACUGUUUUCACUGCUGCUAAUUUGUUGAAUGUGUGUCUUUAUAUCUGUCACAAUUAUAGAAAUGUUUCUCAUUAAUUUCAUCUCAGUCGAUGUAUUCUGUUUAUUGUUUUUUUAUAUGAAGGAAUCGUUCACUAAUAAAGUUAUUUUUGAUAUGA